AUGACCAUUCUCAGAGGAAACAGUCUCAUUUCCAGAGCCAGAAGAGCGCAUUCAGUCAGUGCCAGGUCUUCAAUCGAAAGUAUCUUCAGUGAACAGAAGAAGAGCCGGACUAUCGACAUUCUGGAGAGUAUAAAAGUUCCAAAACGAAUGAAAAGGCUAAAAAUAAACUCGGCGGUGAUGAUUCCUCUUUGUAUAAAAGACGGGAAGCCAUCUUUGCUCUUCACACGGCGUGCAUUUACUCUGAGAUCGCACAGAGGAGAAGUCUGUUUUCCGGGCGGAAGACUCGAAUCUGGAGAAACAACUGUCGAAGCUGCUCUGCGUGAAGCAAAUGAAGAGAUUGGGCUUGAUCCGCGAUUAGUGAGCGUUUGGGGCACACUUCCAGGCGGCAUUCCUGACUCUCGUUUCAAAUUUGCCGUGCAGGGAGUCCUCGUCGACAUUGGCAGUUUCGAUGACCUGAGUUUUCGAAAAUCUGAUGACGAAGUUGAAUGCAUUUUUACUCUGUCGCUAGAUGAACUAUUGGAGUCUUCGAAGAGAACAAAGUUCAGAUUCGAUAGGAAUUCGACAGAGCCUUCUCUUUACGAUUACGAGCUGCCAUCUUAUCAAGUCGAGCCCCGUUUAUGGGGAAUGAGCGCGAUGUUCACUAAUUUUGUAAUGGCAAUCGUCACUCGCGGCGAAGAAAAGUAUGUUCCUGGAAGAACUGGACUAAAAAUACCUAGUUUUACUGAUGAAUCUGAUUUUUUGUAA